ACAGGCUUGUCAUUGACGUAUAAAGUGUUGAGAAGGGUACAACACAUAAUCAGUUUCAUCAUGGAUUUAACAACUAUCACCAUCUUGGUUUUAAUACUAGCAGCUUCUUCGUAUACAUUACCUACAACAAAGGAUCCACUAAUCAUUGCUGGUGACAUUGAAAUCAAGGUUACGAAUGGGAAGGUUACAUUUUCUCUGAUGAACAAAGGUAACGGUGCAAUAUUGAAAGGGCAGCUAGGUGUUUCUUCGAACCCAGAAUACAAGGUUAACCCAACUCUAUGUACCGACGACGCAGACUGCAUUCAAUUUGGGAAAAUCAAAUUGAAGGCCGUAAAAGACGGUCAGUGCUAUAACUUCAACUGGACAACUUCAGGCAACCUCACAUUAGGCGACUGCUACGACUACGGCUCGGACAACUGGUAUGGCGGCCCAGAGAAUAAUGUACAAUACUGGCCCUUCAACAACAUGACCUUCAAAGACUUCUCUUACAUCACCAAGAUGGAGGCAAACCAAGGCGUAGCUGAACCUUACUGGGUGACGUCAUCGGGCUUUUACAUCUACGUAGACAAGAAAUCUCCUUUGUUUAUAGAUGCCAACAACGAAUAUACCAACGGACUUUGCCUCAUCGCUAAACAAUACCCGCCGUAUCUCCCAAGAGGAGGAACCUACCUGGGGUACAAAGUUUGUGCAUACGACGAUGCAAGGGAAGCACACAUGAACGCGGUAAAACAUGAUUUGGGCUCGCCUACGGGUAUACCAGACCCUAGGAUGAUUAAGCAUCCAGUAUGGAGUACCUGGGCUAGAUACAAGUUGUUGGUCAAUGAAACAGCCGUGAAGCAGUUCGCUCAGGAUAUUGUAGACAACGGGUUCAACAACAGUCAGCUGGAGAUAGAUGAUAAUUGGGAAACCUGCUAUGGAUCGUCACAAUUCAACACGAGUAGGUUCCCAAACAUGCCGUCACUUGGAAAAUACCUUCACAAGUUGGGGUUCAGAAUCACCUUGUGGAAUCAUCCAUUCGUCAACAAGAAUUGUCCACUUUUCAGCACGUUGCAGGAUGAUGGCUACUUGGUCAAAGAUCAAAGUGGGAAUGUGGUGAGUACUUGGUGGGACGGCGAAGCUGGAGCGGUGGACUUUACCAAUCCUGACGCAGCUAGGUGGUUCCUCAACUAUCACCGGGAUAUGAUGGCGAACAACCAUAUUGACGGACUCAAGCUGGACGCUGGAGAGUCUAGUUGGCUUCCUCAGAUCCCCGUUCUGAACUCAGACCCAGAAGACCAGCCCAAUUCGUACUCCUCAGCCUAUACCAGAACCGUCGCCCAGUUCGGUGAUCUCACAGAAGUGCGAGUUGGUCAUGGUACCCAGGAUCUCCCCAUCUUUGUCCGGAUGCUGGACAAGGACUCCAAGUGGACGUUUGAGAAUGGUCUACCCACUCUGCUGACCACGUUGUUUCAGUUGAAUCUUAACGGAUACACUCUAGUGCUUCCGGACAUGGUGGGAGGCAACGGUUAUGGUCAGGAUGUCGUCACCAAGGAAUUGCUCAUCAGAUGGUUGCAAGCCAACACCUUCAUGCCGGCAAUACAGUUCUCUAUUGCUCCGUUUGACUUUGACGAAGAGACAGUAAGGAUAUCUAAGAAGUUCACUUCAUUGCAUGUCGCAUACUCUGGCAAGAUCAUCCGUACAAUGAGGAGGUCCGUGAGGUUCGGAACCCCCGUCAACACUCCUAUAUGGUGGGUCGCUCCAACUGACCCUGAGGCUCACUCUGUCUGGGAUCAAUACAUGUUAGGCGAAGACCUGCUCGUGGCCCCUGUGGUACAGAAAGGAGCGACGUCCCGCGACAUCUACUUACCAUGUGGUAGAUGGAAGGAUGAGAACUCCCAUCGAGUCUACCACGGACAACAAUGGUUGAGAAACUACCAGGCACCUCUGGAUAUCCUUCCUUACUUCUCCAGGGUGGGAAGUUGUUAAAGGAAUGUUUAGGGUCGCCUGUAAACCAAUUCGAACAAGACUUGAAGAAACUUUGUCUGCUGUCUACAGCUGUGAAUGCAGUUCCAUCCAUUAAUUUUAGGGAAUUUCGCGAUGUGAUUUGUACGUUUGACUGUCAACUCUUGAACAACUGUUUUACAGUACGGACCUUUGUGGACAUCAAUCACUCUUUUAGUAUAGUUUUACAAUUCUGAAAUAGUCUCACUUAAUGCAGGAACAUGGUAACAUUGAAUUUAAAGGACAUAUUAAUUUACUAAAACUGUUAAAAGUUAAAGCAAUGCAAUGAUGAAAUUUAUCGCUGUAGCUUUACUAUUUCUUAGAUUUCGAAAUAAUGUGGUUGAAUUGGUUUUAUAAUUUACUAAACGAGUUAUGUAGGACUCGAAUUCGCUCAAUUCGACUAUAAUUUAAAAGAAUGCAAUUUAUUUGUAAUACCAUACACACCAAGUAUGGUUGUUCUAUACCAUUUAUUGCAAUGUGUUCAUUUUUUCGCCAUUUAAUGUGGAACUUCAAACUCUAUAGUAAUAAAAUAAUAUGUAAAAUCAAUAAACCUUAUUAGGUAUGUAACGAGAGCUCACCCCGUGGACGAAAACUCGACCAAAAGUAGGGUAUUGUGCAGACUACUCCAUUUUCAACCCACACUGUAAAUAAAACAUGUGAUUGGAAUUUGUUUAAUCUGUUUUGAUUUUUUAUAUUUUGUUGUUACGUCGUCACCAACAUAGCAACCCAUAAGGCUCAUGUACUUUUUUAAAUUUAAAAUUCAUUUUUUGUGCUUAUUUUUUAGCCUAUUUUAAUUUAUAAAGGGAUUCUGCACAUCUACACGAAAUAUCUUUCAUUUGGUACCAACCGCCUGUAAUUCGGUCCAGUAGUAUGGUCAGGCUAGCUGUCAUAGGUUUUGCAAAAGUUUUUUAGUAUAUAGGACAACAUUUUCCACUAAAAUACUUCAAUGUUAUAGUAGGUUUUAGAUAAGCUAGGUCACAAAGUUGAACUGUGUGUGUUUUUGAACAUACCUUAAUUUUUAACAUAUUUUACAAUGUAUUUAAAUUAUUGUAUAUAGUAAUUUUAAACCCUCAAAUUUGGAAGCUGUGAAUAUUCGUUAUUCGUACUAUUUGUUUGUAAUGUUUGUACGAUUAACUUAUACUAGUUUUAAGUAAUGUCUAAAUUAAAGAUACUGUAUAAUGGAUGAUUGAUAUUAUUUCUACACACAAAUUUUAUUUCCACCUUUGUUUGUAAUGUUUGAAAGACGCUAAAGUCCUCCUAAAAUA